AUGGCUUCUCAUCGUUGCACCAUGUUUGCUUUAAUGAUUGCUAUUUCCUUUUCAACCAUGGACAUCACAUUAGCGGCAAGUCCGCCUCUAUUCCCAUUACCACCUCCGAUCGAAGCUCUGCAACUCGCACCUGUGGUCAUUCCACCUAUUCAACUUCCACCUCUCAACAUCUCACCCAUACAACUCCCACCUAUCGACAUCCCACCCAUACAACUCCCACCUUUCGUCUUUCCACCCAUACAACUCCCACCUCUCGUCUUCCCACCCAUUCAAAUUCCAGUUCUCGGAACUAUACAACUACCACCUCUCCCACCUAUACAACUACCACCUCUCGUCUUCCCACCUUUCGACAUCCCACCCAUACAACUCCCACCUCUCCAAAUCCCACCCAUUGAAUUCUCACCUAUUAUCAUCCCACCUAUAGACAUCCCAUCGCUGCCUCCAACCCCACUGCCAUAG